UAUUGUUUAUUCAUAAUGUGGAAUCAGGAAGAAGUUACACUGUUGUUGUAGGAGUACCAAAAAUGGGCAAACCUGUACAAGCAGAUAGAAAGCAUUACAAUCACCACUGAUGAAAAUCUACAAAAAGAUGUUACAGUUAACAACAAAAAACCCAUGAAACAGCAUCAAUGCGACACCUGUGGUAAAAUAUUUCGCACAAAACCAAGUCUUGUGCAUCAUAUUCGUAUUCAUACAGGCGAGCGGCCAUAUGUUUGUCACUUGUGCGAAAAACGAUUUAUAAACGGAGGUCAUUUGCACACGCACAUGCGUACGCAUACUGGUGAAAAAAACCACGUGUGUGCCGCAUGUAGUAAGGCUUUUGCUACUGCUCAGCAACUGACCAAACACACAAUCGCAAUACAUACAUCGGAGCGACCUUACGGGUGCACAUAUUGUCAUAAACGGUUUGCUAGUUCUAGUAAUCUGAAUACCCACACGAAGAUCCACACUGGAGUAAAGGACUAUCACUGUGAUCAAUGUACUAAGGCAUUUUCCACGAAAGGUCAACUGUACCAGCAUAUGUUGGUUCAUACCGGCGAAAAAGCAUACCUUUGCGAGUAUUGCCACAAAAGAUUUUCACAAAAGGCGCACUUAGUGAGGCAUCUGAAGACUCACAAGAACUGACUUUGGAGUGCAUCUAUUUGUAUUUAUUUUAGCAUUUUAAAAUAUUGUGCCUAAGAAUGAAUGAAGUAUGAAUGUCUUUAUUGCUUGACCUUAAUUUCAUAUUUUAUCGGGGAUUCAUUUGCUAAGAAGUUACCUCAUCUAAUAGUGGAUUUAUGGAGACAGACAAACGUUAUAUGUGUUUUUUCAUACAAUUGGCCAUUGAUUAACGUAUUUUCCAAGAAAAUGAUCAAUCCUAGACUCUAUUUAGAUGUUUAUUUACGAUUUCCAUGAUCACAGUCGUGUUAAAAAUAACCUCUUAAGCAAAAAGUAGUUAUAUCAAGAGAAGACAUUUCGCGGAAUUUUUUUAUAAUCCGCCGGUCGGCCCCAUCGAUCUUGGGGGUCAUCUGCAUUAUACAGUAGGGAAGCCGAUCGUUGAUUCGAUAUCUUACAUAUUUUUAUGCUAAACAGCAAACUUGCCGAGUUUGCUGUUGAGCACCAAAAUACAUAGGAUUUGAUUAGUUUUUAACAUUCCAUAUUAAUUAGUAUGCGAUGUAACCAAAACUUUGUGGUCAGCUCGUGGACUUUACUGGUUUGUAAAUAAAACAGCGAUCUGUGUGUGGAUGAUCCUUAGCUUGGCGGUUUGCGUAUAGAGGGCUCUGAAUGUACCGAGACGGUGUUGCCAAACUGCCAUAAUUUAUAAAACGCUACGGUAAACGCAGUUCAGCUCUUUUCACGCUAUUGUUGGUUACGUCAAAAAUUCAUAGGAUAUAAAUACUCGCCUUAAGGCCAAACUGGCUAGAUAACUAGCGAUCAUUUCAAAUAUAUCGACGAUUAGUCAAAUAAGCAAUUUGAGGUUAGAAAACUAGAAUCUCAAGCUGGCGUGAUUUUUUGUUACUAAAGUUUCUCUCGCGAAAAACGUGAUUUAUAACUUGAUAAAUAUAUUCCGUAUGCUGCAAAUGGAUGAUAAACAUCCCCACCAUGAAUGAAUGUUCAAACAAAAGUGGAGUUCAAGAAAAAAUGCAUUCACUUCAACUGAUGGUCAAUAAAUUCAUCCAAAAAGAAUGAUCUAUCUGGCAACACCACAUUUAUCUCCGAUUUGACGCCAUCUGCUGUUUUCGGAACGCCAUGUUUGUGGAGUCCCCUUUUAUCUCUCUCUAAUUUUAUUCGCCUUCUCUCUUCAUAUAAUUACUCUCUGCUUUGAGGAUCUAUGCUAAGCGUUUCCGAGUAGCUCACAUAACCCCGACUCACCGGACCACUGAAGAGGAGUGUUCCUAAUGCCUGCUCUCCCUUUGAUGAGCCUUUUUUUCAACAAUUUUUCAAGAAAUCACUCUGGUUCGUGCAUUUCAUUAAAAGUCGGGAGAUCCUGAUGAAAUGAUUUGGAUUUUUACAGCCUGGGGACUGAGGUGUACAUAAACAGAACGUAAAAGAAGUAAAUAGAACUUUUAUUUAAUUUUAAGACUUAACAUAUGGAAUGUGUAAGAGCACCAGUUUGUAAACAUAAUUUUAUUAUCAAUACUACUACUGUUAAUAUACUGCAAGUUGCAGAUAAACAGAAAACGGCAGCAGUAAAUGUGAAGGUUGUAUAAUGACUUUGUAAAUAGUAGCUUUAGGUAUUUAUGAAAAUGUAUUAUUUAUAUUAAAUAGUAUUAUCAUUAUAUGUAUUUACAUAAUUUUAUAUCUUAAUGUCUGCUCAUAAAGAUAUAUAAAAUUCUAUAAGACAGCAUCAUUAUCUUAUUUCGUAAUCUAUAACAUGUCAACUACUGAUCAGCUAUUUACGUCAAUAGACGUAAAAACGUGAACAAUAUGUUAUUUUUCUGUCAAAUCUUUCUCCCAUUACGUGUCUAUCGAAUCUUUUUCCCCAUCUAUGUUUGACAGCUUUAAACCUCAACCACCGCCUAGUGGGAGUAACAUCGGACAUCACUGUCGUUAUGAUAAUAUUAAAUCAUAUAAUGCAAUGUAAACAAAAAUUGAAAUAGACCAUUUAUAUAAAUAAACAAAUGUUUCAAUGUUCAAUGUAUUUUACAGAUACAAAUAUUUCCUACAACAAAUAAAGGCAAAAUAUGAAUGUUAAAAGCAAAUUAUGUGGUGGCAAACAGAUACAAAAGAGCUCUUACAAACUGUAUAAUCUCU